AUGCAGGCCACAAAUAUGCGUGAGGAUUUGAUUGCAUCAAGUGCCAGGCUUGUUGCUGAUGUAUUGACCAAUCUCCUGGCUGGCAACUGGGAAAUGGGCGAUUUCUUCUCUUGGGAAGAAACCCCAAACAGAGAGGCAAAUGCCUCUUCUGAAGGUAGUUGCCCUCCAGAGGAAACCAGGGCCAGGCGGAUCCGUUUGUCACAAUCCAACAUGAAGUCAGAAGAGAAGCGCUUAAGGACAUUCCGGCAGUGGGCAGACAGAGCUCCUGUUUCUCCAGCCGAUUUGGCUGCGGCUGGGUUUUUCUUCGUUGGUCCCAAUGACAGGGUGCAGUGUUUCUGCUGUGGCGGGGUGCUUUAUGACUGGUAUGCUGAGGAUGAUCCCAUGGUGGAGCAUGAGAAGUUCUUCCCCAGGUGUCCAUUCAUCCAGGGCAGGGAUGUAGGAAACCAGCCCAUGCCUCAGGAGGAGGAAAUCCAGGACUGUGUAGAUGGCCAGUUCCUUGGCAUGCUGCAGAACUUAAAUGUGGACGAAGCCUCCCUAGACAGCCAACCGGAAUAUCCAGAUAUGGAGGUGGAAGAGGUUCGCCUUGCAUCUUAUCGCAGGUGGCCAUCCUAUGCUCAAGUGUCUCCAGAAAUGCUGGCGAGAGCAGGCUUCUUCUACACAGGCCAGGGAGAUUAUGUGCGAUGUUUCCACUGCGAUGGUGCUCUGAGGAACUGGGAGCGUGGAGAUGAUCCCUGGAUAGAGCAUGCCAGAUGGUUUCCGAGGUGUAAAUUCUUGCUACGAUCCAGAGGGGGAGAUUUCAUAAACACUAUUCAAGAAUCAUACUUCAGUUCAUCGGAAGGCAGCUUGUACCAACCUGGACAACAUCCUGCAAGCCCCCAAGAGUCUGCUCAAAGAGAACUAGAUCCUUGCAGAAGAGAAAUAGAAACAGAACAUCCAAAUGAAACAGAAUCGACCUUAAGCGUAGAGGAGAAGCUGCGCCGGCUUCAGGAGGAACGCAUGUGCAAAGUGUGCAUGGACAAAGAUGUAUCCAUUGUGCUGGUACCCUGUGGCCAUUUAGUAGUGUGCUCAGAAUGUGCUCCUAAUUUAAGACACUGCCCCAUCUGCAGAGGGGUCAUUCGGGACAGCAUGAAGGCAUUCCUUUCCUAAACUGGAAGGACCCAAUACUUAUUCCUUAUGAUUCUACUGCCCAUGGAUAUCUUUCCUUAGUAGAUACAACACUGAAGAAAAUUCUGAAUGGAUGCCAAUAAUCUGAAAUUACCCCACAAAACAUCUGCAUCCAUGCUCUUGCAAACGGUUGGAGUGUCCAUUUCAGCAAUGUAAAGGUCAAGAAGAAAGUAACCCUGAAGAUCUUUCUGGCCUAUGUGGCAGCAUUUUUUUUUCAUUUGAAGACUGUUCACCUUCAAGAUAAACUUCAAAAACAUUCUUAUUCCUUACUUGUGUAAGGUCUUGAAAGAGAUAUUUUUGUCUAAAGGUUGUUUAGUAGCUGAGUGUGUUUAAAGAUUAUUUUUUUGACUUUGAGUACUUUUUUUGGUCUUUCUUUUUUGGAACAAAAAUAUCUAUUUUACCCUUUUGGU